CCAACCCCUUCCCUCGUUGGUAAGAAGCAUAAUGAAAAAGAAGUUAACCCCGAGAGAAAACAAGGUAUAGGAGGAGUUGAGGAAAGCAAUAGUACCAUAUAUUGAAGGUCCAAACCGUGAGCAACAGAAUGGGUAGAAAGAGAUAUCUAUACCUAGUAGGAAAAGGGAAUUCUGUUGCUUGAGCUGGAGUCUUUCUUAUAAGACCCGGAUGGAUCUCAACCAGCUCAGAGUGGUAAGAAACCAGACAAAGCUGUGUUACGCAAGGGAUUUGGUGCAAUUACUUCUUCAAUUAAUUAUCUUGGCAAUGCCUUAGAGGUAAGCUUGGUGUAAAUAAUUCGUCAAGAGUUUUAAUUAUAUGGAGGACAGUAUCAGUUAUUUCACAUCAUUUGGUGUUACAUUUAAGGUAAUUCUCUGAUCUCCCAUGGCUCAGACUACUAGUAUGUCCUUGGACUUCGUUUUGUAACAUCAAAUCCCUAGGAAGAGCUGCCAGUAUCACUCAUGUCUGUGCAAAUCCUAGGAUGCCGUCAAAUUUCAUUUAAGUCAUAUCAUUAGAUUCUCGUAAAGGUCCAUUGGUACUGGUUCCGGUGUUAAUCUUUUGUUCUGCGUCCUUCAUUUACAGGUAGGGUAGAAAAAGAGUUGAAUGAACUAAUGAAGUGCUAAAGAGCUUUAGCAGUUAGACAUGCGUCUAUCCAAACCAUUGCUUGUUCACCAAUUUAAGAGUAGAUUGUUUUCUUCACAUCCCUUUUUUUGCCCAUAGGGUGUUAUGACAGCUCCAAUUAUGGCUGUCAUCUAUUUUGCUUAAAUCUGUGUGGAUGAAGAAAUCUGGGAAAAGGGGGGGGGGGGUCCUGGUCUGAAAUGUCAAAAGAUUUUAGGAUAUUGAAAAUAUUUUUUCCCUUCUUGGUUGCUAAAUAUUUUUUUCUUGAAUCUGAACUGUGCAGUACGAUAUAUUUACUGCACAAUGUUGAAAAUAUUUUUUCACUCCUUGGUUACCCAGUUUCUGAAUGUUGCAUACAGCUGCCUAUGAUGAGCAAUAAUAUAUAUUACUGUUUUAUUAUGCAGGAGGGACUAAACAUUGUGGAAAAUCGCACUGCAGACAUUAUCCAAGACACUCGGAAUCGGAGGUUGAAUGUCAAAAAAAAAGCUGCUCCUGACUUUAACCAACAGCCUACAGAUGUUCGAUAUGCAAAAGAGCCAUCUGGAGCACGGAACCAAAUGUCCGCGGUUGCUCAAACUGAGAUGGACAUCCAAUUGCAGGCAUCUCGCGACGUUGCUAUGGCCAUGGCUGCCAAAACAAAGCUACUCCUGAGGGAGCUUAAGACUGUUAAAGCUGACCUUGCUUUUGCCAAGGAGCGGUGUGCUCAGCUUGAGGAAGAAAACAGGAUUGUUCGAGAGAGUAUGGCGAAUGGAGACAAUCUAGAAGAUGAUGAACUGAUACGGCUUCAGUUGGAAACACUUUUGGCAGAGAAGGCUCGGUUAGCUCAAGAAAAUGCCUUGUACGCUCGGGAGAACCGCUUCUUACGCGAGGUCGUUGAAUACCAUCAACUCACCAUGCAGGAUGUCGUAUACCUAAGUGAGAGGAACGAAGAAAUCAUGGAAGUUUACCCUACCAAGGUACCUGGUGCAACGAACCUGAAUUCAGUAGCUACAUUGCCAUCUUUAUCACCCCCCGUUCAUGCUUCUGAGCUUGUAUUUAAGGAAACCAUCUCUAAAUGAGGCACAAGAAGUGAGCCUCAUGUAUUCGUAGGGGGUGUCUUGGAUGAUUAGAUAUAUAAUGAAAGGCCAUACUUUGGGGGCAAUUGUUCUUA